AUGACUGACAUCGCGACAUCAGAGGUGUUCAUCUCCGAACUGUCCGCCAAAGAGGUGACUCUCGCGCCCAAACAAGCCACCGUCGUGCGCGAGAUCCCCACCACCAUCCAGCCUGGUCAAAACGAAAUCACCAUCCUGGGCCUCGACCCGAACGUCGACCGCGACUCCAUCCGCAUCGAAGGCUCCGGCGCCGCGACAAUCACCGACAUCCAGACGAGCGUCGUCCCACAGAGGCUAGACUUUAACGACGUCUACCCGCUCGAGUCAGAUAAUGAGGAACAAACCAGCGAUGAAGACGAGGAUAUCUCCGAGGACGAGGACGGGCUCGACGAUCCCGAGCUGCAGGCCAUCCGCAAAGAGAUCGAGAAACUGGAAGAGCGCAAAGCGCGCGCCUCGAGCGAUAUCAACGCCGCGCGCGGGAUUCUAAAUAUCAUGGAUGAAUACGCAAAGGGGCUACGGAAUGACGAGAAAAAGGAUGUUAAGCAGUUUGAGGAGUUCUUGGAUCUAUAUAGCACCCGUCGCGACGCGCAGGCUGAGCGCAACCAAGCUGCUGUUGCAGAGGUCAAAGUCUGUGAGAGGGAGCUGGCGAAGGUGCAAAGGAGGUUCGAGCGGCGCAAGGCGCGAUAUCUGCAGGACCAGCGCGCAGCGUCUAAGGCGAUCCGGCUGCGCAACGAGAAGCGAGCUAGGGCUCGCGAGCAGAAGAAGAGCGAGCGCGCACGGAAGCGCCGUGAGAAGAGCUACUUCUGGCCCGGCUCGGUCGGGCAGGUCAUUGUCUCGCUGGAUGGGCAGAAUGCGCUAUUCACUCCGGGGUCGAGUCGAAGAAGCUCGGUGGUGGAGAGAUCGGGUGAAGUGCAGGAAGCUUCAUCGGCCAUUGAUGUCGUCCUGCGCUUGAGCUACAUCGUGCCCAAGGCGAGCUGGUCUUCGCGGUACGAGUUGCGCAUCAAUUCGCCCUCGUCGUCUGCGCGGUUGACAUAUCGUGCGGAAUUCAUCAACUCGUCGACCGAGACCUGGCGCGAUACUCGCGUCACACUGUCUACGUCGCAGGCUUCGUUCAGCGGCAUCGGGGCGCGCAUCCCCUCGUUGGAUGCGUGGAAUAUCAAACUGCUGGACGGUACUUCCAAUGCCACGUCCAAUGGCCCUUCUUGGGAUCGGAUUCUCAAUGCCCCCCGGCCUGUUCCUGUGCAUCCCGAGACAGUAUCCCGAAAGCCUGUUAACUAUUCACAACUGCCGCCUUCUAUUCCACCAGCAACGUCCGCCAGCCCUUUUGCACAGCCAAAGGCGUCAACGGGGGGGCUCUUUGGAGGACAACCUCAACAACCACAGUCAACCGGGGGAGGCCUCUUUGGGGCAGCACCGCAACCAAAGGGGGUUGCACAACCAACAACGGGGCUCUUCGGGGCAGCACCGCAACAGCCUCAGAAUUCGAACGGCUUCGGGUCGAAUUCAAAUAACGUGUCGAAUUCAAAUAACGUGCCCGCGGCACCACCUCCUCCUCCUCUUCCUGCUGCUCCUGCUGCUGCUGCUUCUGCUCCUCCGGCCCCAGCUAAGUCCUUAUUCGGACAGUCAGCGUCUGCAGCCAACAACGCCGGUCAAUCGUCCCAGAACAACCCCUUCGACACCGCAGCCAGCGCAGCAGUGGAGCUCGAGGAGGACGACUCAGAUACCCAAUCCCUUACAUCCGGUGCCCUCGAGCACCAAGACUCCCUCAAGCAAGACUACGGCAUGACAACCUCGUACGAGCUCCCCAGCCGGCGCACAUUAGCCCCCUCGUUCGUUUCCCGGCGCCACGUCCUCGCAGACCUCGACCUCAAGUCCGUCACGCUCACGUACGUGGUCGUCCCCAAGGCCCGGGAGGCUGCGUUCCUGCGCGCCCGAAUUAAGAAUACCUCCUCUCUCACGCUACGUCCCGGGCAGGUUGGGAUCUCUGUUGACGGGGCGUUCGUUGGCAAUGCGAGUCUCGAGAUGUGUGGGCCGAAUGUCUUUUUCAACAUCUCCCUCGGCAUUGACCCGGGGAUUCAGGUGAAGUAUGCAAAGCCGGUCGUGAAGCCGCUAACAGGUGCACUGUUCUUCAAUAAAGAAGAUGGGGCUAAGUUCCGCCGCUCCUGCUGGGUGAAGAAUACGAAGACCACGGGCGUGGAUCUUAUCGUGUUCGAUCAGGUUCCUGUGACGGAUGAUGAGAAGCUGAGGGUGAAUAUUCUGCAGCCGUUUGAGCUUGAAAAAGAGGGUGACGAGGUGAAGAUUGAGAUGGAGAAAAAGAAGGGGCACGGAACUGCAACUCUGCAGAAGAACGGCCAGGUCAAGUGGACGCUGCGUCUUGAGCCCCGGGAGGAGAUCCGGCUCGUGCUGGAGUAUGAGGCCAAGGUGCCAACUGGGAGCGAUGUCAUCGCGGCAUAA